AUGGCCCAGAAUGUCCGCGAUUGGGAAAGGAGCAAUCAAAACGUUCUUUGCAGUCUGGGCUAUCUGUUUAAUCAGACCAUUGAAAUGGUGAAAGUUAGUGCUAGCCAGGCUGCAGUUGUCAGGUGCGACGGUGGAAUGAAAUUGGAGAUCGUCAUUAUUGAGCAGAAGAAGGCCCCGUCGGAAGGCGUAGGCGUAAAACGGCAAGGAGAAAAGCAGGGAACCGACGACAACAAGCUGACGACAGAAAAGGGAGAUCAGUAUAAGUCUACGGAGAUUGUUCACGAAGACAUUCUUCUUUUUAAUAUUGCCCUCAAAGGAAUUGAAUCGGGCUACCACGACUGUUUCCGAUCAAUGCCCAGCGACAUUAGUUCUUACCGCACCCUCUGUGCUACGUACGGUUCUCUGCGCGUCGACGUCUGUAAAGGGCGGACGCUCGGUGAAAUCAUCAAAGAUUUGAAAGCCACACAAGACUAUGAUGAGUAUCGCGAUAAAUCGAAAGCUCGAGAUGCCGUGUUCGAACUUGUCUAUUCUAUCCUGCAGGAUACAUUUCAAAGCAAUAACAAGUACAAGAAUACCAUCUUCAACGCUGUUUUGUUUGUCGUAUCUUAUCCUGGAACCUUCAAGUGGGAGACGAGAAAUGCUGUACGAACCGUUUACGAGAGCAAGUUCAUAUUGUCGAUAAAGCAGAGGGUGAACCUCGACCGAUGGCACGAGCUAGAUUUUGGAAAGCAGGCCAGCACUGACGAAGACGAUGUGACGACGGAGGAGGAAAACUUGAAUUUGUAUGACUCCGACUAUUUUAAUUACUUUUAG